CCCGUCAACCCCCGCGCACCGCCUAAGGAGUUUCUCUACCAAAUUUUCCAAGAUGGCGCUUCACGUUCCCCAAAGCAAUCUUCAGCGUAUGAUGAAAGAUGGAGCGAAGAUGUUCAAUGGCCUUGAAGAAGCAGUGUAUAGAAACAUUGAGGCGUGUCGUCAACUUGCCAAAGUGACGCAGUCUUCACUUGGUCCUAAUGGCAUGAAUAAGAUGGUUGUUAACCAUCUUGAGAAGUUAUUUGUCACAAAUGAUGCAGCAACAAUUAUCAAAGAGCUGGAGGUUGAGCAUCCAGCUGCCAAGAUGCUUGUGCUGGCUUUGCAAAUGCAAGAACAAGAGGUUGGGGAUGGCACCAAUUUCGUGAUUGUCUUCGCUGGGGCUCUGCUGAGUGCAGCAGAGGAUCUUCUAAGAAUGGGUCUUUCACCACCCGAGGUCAUACAGGGAUACGAGCUGGCCUGCAAAAAAGCUUUAGAGUUAUUACCAGAGAUGAGUUGUUCCAAGCUGACCAAUAUAAGAGAUGAGAAGGAGGUGACAAAAGCUAUCAAGACAGCAGUCAGCAGUAAACAGUAUGGGAAUGAGGACUUUUUAUCAGAGUUAAUAGCACAUGCCUGUGUUUCAAUUUUACCUGAGAAGGCAACAUUCAACGUAGACAAUGUCAGAGUGGCUAAAAUAUUGGGUUCUGGUAUCCAUAACUCUGAGGUUGUCCAAGGAAUGGUGUUCAAGAAAGGUGUUGAAGGUGACAUAACAUCUAAGAAGGAUUGCAAGAUCGCUGUCUUUUCCUGCCCACUUGACCUAAUGCAGACUGAGACUAAGGGUACAGUUCUUAUCAAGAAUGCAGAAGAGUUGAAAAGCUUCAGCAAGGGAGAGGAAGACCUUCUUGAAAUGCAAAUCAAGUCAAUCAAAGAGAAGGGUGCGGAUGUUAUCGUGUCAGGCGGCAAGGUGGCCGACAUGGCUCUUCAUUUCUGUAACAAGUAUCAGAUCAUGGUAGUGAGGUUAACUUCCAAAUGGGACCUGAGAAGACUUUGUCGGGCCAUCUCUGCAACAGCUUUGCCGAAAGUUACCACACCUACUACAGAGGAUCUCGGCCAUUGUGAUCUUGUGUACCUGUCAGAGAUCGGAGAAACCCCAGUCACGAUAUUCAAACAGGAACGCGAGGAGACUGCAGUGGCAACAGUUGUGAUCCGCGGCUCGACAGAAAACAUUAUGGAUGACAUCGAGCGAGCCAUAGAUGAUGGAGUCAACUCCUUCAAGGCCCUGACCAGAGACCCUCGAUUUGUGCCGGGUGCUGGCGCCUCUGAGAUUGAGCUUGCAAGGAAGCUUACCUCACACGCGGAGACAUUUGCUGGCCUUGAGCAGUAUGCCAUUGCCAAGUUUGCCGAGAGUCUAGAGUGUGUUCCUCGUGCUCUUGCUGAUAAUGCCGGGGUGAAGGCCACAGAGCUUAUCUCCAAGCUCUAUGCAGCACACCAAGAGGGCAAGAUGAAUGCCGGAUUUGAUAACGAGUGCGGUAGCGCUGACAUCAAAGACGCUGUUGAGGCUGGUAUUCUAGACGUAUAUCUCACGAAGCACUGGGGUCUGAAGCUCGCAACAGACGCCGCGGUUACUGUGCUGCGUGUCGAUCAGAUCAUUAUGGCUAAGCAGGCCGGUGGACCGAAAGCCAAAGAGAACAGGGACUGGGACGAGGACUAAAGUAGCCAAUUCGACUCACCCUCAUUGCGAGAAUGACAUUCUCCCUGCUUCAUCUUGUUUUCCUCCUCAACUGUUAUUCUUCAAAGAAAAUGUAAAUUCCAUCCAGAUAAAUUAACCCGAUUGCGUACACGUCACGCGAUUGCGCAUGUCACGCUAGAAGUGGGCGGAAGGGGACGUGAAGCCCCGGCAUCAUAAGCUAAACAUUAUCAGCCGUGCAGCAUUCAUUGGCGUGUAUGUAGUGCUGGAAAGCCGUUUUAUCGAAAUAAAUAUCUAGUGUGACACUA